CUCGCGCUCGCUGGCGGAGUGUUUACACACACACACACACACACACACACACACCUACACACACUACGAGGAGCGCGGAGCGACGCAAACCCUUUAUUUAUGAUACCCAGAAGUGUCACUGCCUGCUUUCUCUGCACCUGGCUUUCGUUUGUUUUGCUUUUUCGUUUCGGCCAAACUAAACCAUGACAGUUUGUUAGAAGCUGCAAUUGAAGAGCAAGUCCGAGUCUUUUCUUGUUGGAUCGGAGGCACUGCGAUGCCCUCUGAUUUCACCUCGCUCUUCAGCGCGGAUGUCGACCUCGAUUCGCCCAAGUCCCUCUACUCCAAAGAAUCGGUAUAUGAUCUUCUCCCGAAAGAGCUGCAGCUGCCGUCUUCUAGAGAGCAGAACGCAGCCGCUAUGAGUCAAAAAAGUGGUGGAGAGGCAGGACUUCCGCCGUCGACGGCUCUCGCCACAGAUGCAUCGUCCGUCUCUUCUGCUUUGAGCAUGGAAGGUCCUCACAGGGCUUUUCCCACCUCUUCCACCUCAGCUUCAGAGCGGAUCGCCGUGCACGAAAGCAGCACGCCGGGAGAUGUUAGCAGUCGAAGAAAAGCAGAGGUUCUGGCUGCGGAAAACAAGCUUUCCGGUCGAGAAAAAGGUGGCCAGCAGACCCAGCAGCAGCACCAGAUGACACCCUCCAAACGGCCUGUCCUCAACAUCUCGCCUCCACCAGAGGACCUGUUCGAUGAGAGCAACAUGUCCUGCCAGGAUGAGCUCUUUCUUGACUCGGAGCAGAGUAGCAACAUCUGGAUAGAAAAGUCGGUGUCCAACUUCAGCAUUGUGAGCUCUAGCUCCUACAAUGACAACACUGAAGUUCCCCGCAAGGCCCGCAAGUGCACCCCACGACAGAAGCCCGGGCCAAAACUGGUCCCUGCUGAAGAGGUCAGCAUGGAUGUCUUUGAUGCAGAUAGUGCCAAAGGUCCACACUUUGUGCUUUCGCAACUUGGCCCCGACAGCAAGACCAGCUCCAAAGCAAGCUCUGAUGGACCACAAGCUUCUGGCCUUAAAGGUGGGAUACUGUCUCGUCAGUAUCCUCAGAAAAGUGAAGGGAAAGAACUGAAGAUUAUGGUGCAGCCUGAGACUCAGCAUAGAGCGCGUUACCUAACUGAAGGCAGCCGUGGGUCUGUGAAAGACCGAACACAGCAGGGUUUCCCUACUAUCAAGCUUGAGGGGGUGAAGGAGUCAGUAGGCCUGCAGAUUUUUGUUGCCAAUGAUGCUGGACGUGUAAAGCCCCAUGGCUUCUACCAGGCUUGCAGAGUUACAGGCCGUAACACAACCACCUGUAGGGAAGUGGACAUCGAAGGCACAACUGUCAUCGAAGUGCCUCUGGAUCCCAGCAGCAAUAUGAUUCUGGCUGUAGACUGCGUGGGGAUCCUAAAGCUCAGGAAUGCUGAUGUGGAGGCCCGUAUUGGGGUGGCUGGAUCUAAGAAGAAGAGCACCCGUGCCAGACUGGUGUUUCGAGUCAACAUCCAACGCCCGGAUGGCUCUGUGCUCACAUUACAGACCUCUUCGUCUCCCAUACUGUGCACCCAGCCUGCAGGAGUACCUGAGAUUCUCAAGAAGAGUUUGCACAGCUGUUCAGUUAAAGGGGGGAGUGAAGUCUUUAUUAUUGGAAAAAACUUUCUCAAAGGAACCAAGGUCUUAUUUCAGGAGAGUGCUUCAGAUGAUAAAUUCUGGAAGGCAGAGGCUGACAUUGACAUGGAGUUUUUCCAUCAGAAUCACCUUAUUGUCAAAGUCCCUCCAUAUCAAAAUCCAGCUAUCACAUCUCCUGUAUCUGUUGGUAUCUAUGUUGUUACGAAUGCUGGACGUUCCCAUGAUGUUCAACCAUUUACAUACACUCCAGAGCCAGAAACAUGCUCGUUUACAGUUGUCGAUGCUACUGUGAAAAAGGAAGUCUUGCCUCCAGUGACACCUUGUUGUUUUGAAAAAAUGAAAGUAAUAGAUACUGCCUUGCUGACGCCAGUUUUGCCUCUUGUUAAACGAGAAGACGUCACUCCAAUGGAGGUCUCCAGUAACCCUUUGGCUCUCAAGACCUCUGAAGUCAUCAGUUCAGCCCAGCAAGCCUUAGAUAUGAGUGCCGAGGUCUCCACCAAUAACUGCAAAUUUUCCAGUCCACUGGCACACCAAACAAGAGAACAGGAUCAAUCUCAGAACUCUGUCUUUUCCAAUGAAGAGCCAUUCAGCACCAUCCAGGAACAGAGUCUUGCACCCAGUGGCUCUUUCCAUGUGCCUAAUAAAUCUCUACUUCAGCAAGGAGCUCAGCCAUUCCUCUUGGAACACAGAGAGAGUCUCGGACAGGAGAGGACAGGAAACAGUGGCGGUUCAGUGGUGGGGCUCUCCCAGAUUGAUGACAACUCACAGCAGCAGCUCUCACUUCUACCUCCAGAUGAGGUGGCACAGCUGGAGCAGGCCGUUCGGCAGCUGCAAGCGAAGGGAUUCUGCAACAUCCAUCUCCAGAGUGAGAAUUCACUCUCAAAACAAAGAGACCAUCAACUUCAACAGCACCAGCAGCAAUUCCAACAGCAGCAGCAGCAAAUCCAGCAGCAGCAACAGCAAAUCCAGCAACAGCAGCAGCACAUCCAGCAACAAGAGCAACAAAUCCAGUUGCAGCAGCAGCAACACCAGCAGCAGCAAGCUCUGGAGAACCUUCAACAUCAGCUCUUUCAGCCCCAGGUUCAAAUACAUUGUAUUUCAGAGCAGCAGAGCUCUUCCAAAGGUAUGGUGCAGAAUGGAAGUUCUCUCUUCCAGCAAACCCCACCCCAACAGCAGCAACAAGCAUCCCUGUUUCAACAAGCAACUGGCUUUCUUCAGCAGCAGCCUAGUCAUUCCUCGCCUUCUCUGUUUCACAACCCUACAGCCAUGACCGAAACCCAAAGCCCACAGGAGGCUCUUUUCCACACACAGAAGAACUCACCCAGUCAGGAUCAGAUCCAAGCUUCCCUUUUCCAAAACAAUCAGACAAUUCUUAGUAGGUCAAACAUGUCAGCGGAAGCUCACCCAUCUGCGACCAGUAUGUUUCUUUCCCAAAAUGCCAUACCAGUCCAACUUGCCAUUAACGCUGGCCAGCCACAGCAACUGGCCUUUCACACUUCUAUGCAGGCAUCUUCUCUCGAGGCACCAUCUGUAUUUCAGACUCCACCCCAACUGUCCCCCAUUCAGCAAGGCACUUCAAUGGAGCAGCAGCAAUCACCACAGCGAGCCAUGUUCCAGAGCAUCUCCCAGUCACCAAGCAAACUUCCCUCUGGUCAGCAGCAGCAGGCUGGUCUACUUCUUGGUUCCUUAAAUUCUCCAGUGACACAAGAGCAAACUUCCAAUUUGUUAUUUGGUGGGCAAGUCCAGAUAGGAUCGAUGAACAACAGUAGCCUAUCUUCUCCAGAACAACAAAACACUUCCCUUCCCUUUUCUCAGACCGGCAUGGUUACAGUCAGGCAGCAGGAGUCAUCUGAACCCAUGACAUUUCAGGAUCAGACUACUAUGGGGAUCAGCCCCUCCUCGAAUAAGCCCAUCUUCCAAGACCAGCAACCAAUGCAGUUGGCACCAAGUUCUGGUACAGGCCCUUCACAGUCUGUAAACCUCUUCAUGGCCCAAUCCAGCAUGCAAGGGAGUAUGGCUUCUCAAGAAACCCUUUUUGCACCACAAAGUGAUGUAACCAGAAUUCAGACUAGCACUUCCUCUCCAGUACAACAGCCUGGUCAACUCUUUCAGACCACAAUGAGUGGAAGCCUCAACCAGCCCAAUCAGAAUCAGCAGCCAGACCUGUUCCUUUUUGAGAUUCAGAACGAGUGCCGUCAGCUAAUGAACAGCCAAGGAUCUACACUGUCUGACCAGAUCAUUGCCAUCAAUCAGUCUGGACAGACUCAGCAAGAGAGUGAAGAUCAAAUCCAGUCUUUACUUGGGCAGUCUAUAGCAGACCCAGGAACUGUACAAACCACAUUGACAACCUCUCAGAACAUGGAGAAGAUUGACCACCUUCUGACAUAUACACAGAGCAAGCCAUUCACUCUAUAUAUUGACACUAAGAAAGUAGAGUCGCCUGUUGAAAGAUCUGGCAGAGUCCGCUUCUGUUUUGAUCUUCAAUUCUCAAGAAACCUCAAUGCGAGAGCAUUUCUCUGAGGAACUGCUAUAAAGACUGUCAUUAGUUCCGCAGCAACCCCAUCAUAAAUAAAGGCUUUGAGGCAUUUGAGAACUAUAUUGAAGUACACAGAUAUUUGAUGCACCUGGAAACCUAGAGAUUCUGCCUCGAGUAUCUCUUUAUUUUUACAGUGACAGAAAGAGAAGAUCUGGACACAUGAGAUGACUGCAGUUAUGCCUGAACAUGAUUUUUAGACACCCCACUUUCUCAGUGAGCCUCGGAUAACUUUGUGAUUUCUGUUUUUAACUGUUUAACAUAUUCAAGGAUGCUUGACAGAAGCAGUCUGCAGUGAGAUUUUUAUUUUCAACACUUUUGCAAAAAAGUCGUUAAUCCCUUUCUGUCUCGGUACACUUGAGUAUCUAUAAGCUAUUUUGCUUUUGUAAAACUAUUUUAUGCAGUCAAAUGGGGAAAGAAGAAAUCUAAGUGAGAAAUGUGUUUUGGCAUUUCCCCCCUAGCACUUUAUAUAUGUUUUCAGUGUGACUCGUUGACAUUUCAUCAAGAUGUCUAUCUCAGAACAUGUUUACUGUAUUAAUAAUUCUAGUGUCUUUGGACUUCUAGUUUAGACUAAUCUGUAUAACACUAUACCAAUUAGAAAUGUUCAUUCCUGC